CCGGGUUAAAAUAUCGCGGGAAGAAAAAAUUUGCAAAAGUUGUUUGGAAAAUAUGCACAGUAAAUUACAGUUUAGUCUAAUAUUGUAGCCCAUCGAGUUCAAUAGUUGUGACAAAAUAUUCGAUCCCAAGACAUCAGCUGCAACACAUCUGAUAAGCAAAAACACACUUUAACCAAGAUGAAGAAUUAAAGAUGCUACAGCUUACAACAAUUUUACGCUAGCCUUUACCAUUUAGUAUAUUUGACAGAAAUUUUACUAACCAGUGUACUUGACAGUAUUUGACAGAAAUUUUAAUUAUCCACGCACAGAAGAUUGGAUUUGCAAUACUCUUUUUAUUACUAAAUUAUCUAAUGCUAUGGGAAUCUCAGGCCUACUCCCAUUCUUGAAGAAUGCCUCUAAACAAGCCAACAUCAAAGAGUACAAAGGAUGUACUGUUGCCAUAGAUACAUACUGUUGGCUGCACAAAGGUGCUUUCGCCUGUGCAGAGAAACUGGGAAAGGGAGAAAAAACAGACACGUAUGUUUGGUAUGUGAUGAAAUUUGUCAACAAUCUGCUGAGCUGGGACAUCAAGCCUAUCAUGGUGUUUGAUGGUUGCCAUCUGCCCUCAAAGAAAGGAGUAGAAAAGAGCAGACGAGAACGUCGAGAGCUUUACAGAAAGAAGGCAGCCCAGUACUUAAGAGAGGGCAAGAAAUCUGAGGCCAGAGAUUGCUUUACAAAAUGUAUUGAUAUUACUCCAUUGAUGGCCUUGGAGGUCAUGCAGGCAUGCAGGGCAAAGGGAGUUGACUGUAUUGUGGCCCCAUAUGAGGCAGAUUCCCAACUUGCCUACCUUAGCAAGACAGGUAUUGCUCAGGUGAUCAUUACAGAGGACUCAGAUCUUGUGCUAUUUGGAUGUAAGAAGGUGAUGUUCAAGAUGGAUAUAGCAGGCAAUGGUAUUCUAAUUGAGAGAAUGCAUCUGAACAAGGCCACCCAGAUACAGCAGGACUACUUCACAUUUGACAAGUUCCGCUACAUGUGUAUCCUAUCUGGGUGUGACUACCUCCCUAGUUUACCUGGCAUAGGACUCGGCAAGGCAUGUAAACUCUUUAAGAUCACAAGACAAGCUGAUAUGACUAUGGUUAUUCGUAAACUACCCACUACAUUAAAGAUGUCACAGUUGAUUGUACCCCAGGAUUACAUUGAUGCAUUUUUCCGUGCGAACAACACAUUCCUGUAUCAGCUUGUGUUUGAUCCCCUGGAAAGACGACUGAGGCCCCUCAAUGACUACCCCCCAGAUAUAAACAGGGCAGACCUGGACUAUGCUGGACCAUAUAUCCCAAUGGAGAAAGCCUACCAGAUUGCACUUGGAAACAUUAACGUGAACAAUGGACAGAUAAUUGGUGACUUCGAUCCUGACACUUACCAGCCACCAAAGCGAAGUGACAGCUGGACCUCACGUACUGACACCCCAUUACAUAAACUAAGCAUAUGGCACCCAAACUAUCGUAAGAUGGCUGACAUGGCACAGGUAAACCAGACUGUGGUAGAGGUAGACCCCCCUACUACUAGGGGUAAAGAAACAACUAUUUCAACUCUUCCUGGUCUGAAGAAAUUUAGCCCUAGAAAAAGACCAAGAGCCCCAGACACCCCGGAGGUUGACCCUAGCAGUAAAUCUGAACCUGAGCUAAUGGACCUCUACACCACCAUAACUGAUGAAAAUGACAUCUUCAACCCAAAGAAGAAGCUGAAAAUAACUCCAGCAUUCCACGAGUUCAAACCUGAAAACAAAGCUUACGAAGCUAACGAUUAUUUCUCCAAGAACAAAGUGGGUUCUGAAUGGGCAAAACCUAAUAAACCCAACACUGAUAGUGAUAAUGACAGUGAUGAUAACGAUACACCUAAGAGACAAAGCGUGGAUGAUAAACUCAGUCUUGCUUAUAUGGAGAAGACGACUGCCCAUCUACCUUCAUUACCAGACACUGCUGAAAUACCAACAAAAUUAGAGGAAAAACUCAAGACACCUCCUGGACUGAAUAAAUUUGCAGUAUCUACUGGAGGAAAGAAGAAGUUUAAUCUGAGUGCUACAAAGCUAAUGCCUGAGACGAAGGCAGUGAAAAGCAGAUUUUUCACAAGUACAAAUAAGUUUGCAGUAAAAAAAGAUCCAGAAGCGCAGCCAAUCACAAGCUUCUUUGACACACCUCAACCAAUCAUAAAACCUGCAAAUCAAUCAAUAAUCAAUGCACCAAAAACUACAACAGUAAAUGAAAAGAAAAGUGAACCAGAGCUGAAUGUAAAUGAUCAUAAAACAAAUGAAGUUUUGAAACCAGACACUGACAGUGCUGAAUCGAAUAAUACUACCUCUGCACAUAGACUAUUUUCAUGGGCAACAAAAUUCGAGAGUAAAUACGCAAAAUCUGACAGUGAAUCGAUUGAUAAAAACCGUCUUUCUCAGGAUAAAAACCAAUAUAAACCUGUCGUGCCAUCUAAAAAUACAGAAAAUGCAAGUCAAAAAUCUGAAUCCAGUUUAAAAUCAGAAGAUGCCGGUUCAAUAGAUACCAAUGAAUUGUCUCAAUAUAGUAAUGGAUAUAGCAUCGAUACUUCACAGAUCUCAAUGAGUCAGAUACUUGGCAGCCAGUCCCUUGGCUCUGAAACUGAGGAGACUCCAACUCCAGCAGACAUCGAUUCAGGUAACUUCACAAUGUCUGAAGGUUUAGCAUCUACAGAAGUUGAAGAGCCACCACUGUUGCCUUCAAUGGAUCCUGAUGGAGAUGCUGCUAUACAUGCAAACAGUCCUCCAUUGCCUCCCUUAAAGUCAUCUCCAUCCAGUCAGGAAAAUUCCAAGAGUUUGAGAUCCCCACCUGGUGUUAACUCCACCCCUAUAUCUGCUAAAUCAGGUCAGUCCAAGACAAUGGGAAGCUGCAGAAGAACAGGAUUGGCCAGAACUCAAGGGAAAACACUACAUAAGAAAAAAUUGAACAAUGAAAAUGACACCAGUGGCAAACAAAAGAAAAUACAAAGUUUCUUCACUCAGUUUACUUAUAAAAAUACAAGUUCCAAAACAGACAAGUUGGCACCAGCGAAACGUCAGCCUCUCUCUCCAAAUAAGGACAAUGCAACACCCGAGGGUGAUCCUGUUAUUCACAGAACAGGUGCUGACACAGUGCAGAGAAAACUUCUCACUUGAUGAUAGUCACUUGAUACAUCUUAAAAUAGAAAAUUAUGUAACACCAGUGCCAUAUCCUCCAUUUGGGAAAAAGGCAAUAGUACAGAGAAGUCAUUUGAACAUGUUUUUGAUAUGCCUGUCAAAAUUGGACCAUAAACUAAUACUUGAGCAGUGCAACAUGGAACUCUGUUAUACAAAGCCACAUGUUAUAUAGAGCAGAGGGAGUUCAAGUAGAGAUUAAUGUUUGAUAAAACAAACUGAUAGAAGUAAUACUUAGAAAUAUUGUGUGAUUAAAUAACUAGUAAAUGUAUAUCAUAUUACAUUUUUUGGAAAAUGUAUCAUGCAGUGACUUCUGACAAAAACAGAUACCUCAUUGGGGGCUCUAUCUUUAACCACUAUUAUACUGUAUGGCAAAGGCCAUGGGUUAUACUCAUAUAAUGAAAAUGGAAAUAUGAUGCAUUUAUAUUUAAAAUCUUGUACAGGAGAUAAAAUGAAUACAAUAAGAACAUAAAUUGAAGAAUUACAAAAAUC